UUUUUUUUUUUUUUCUCCUGAAAAAAAUUAUUUCUUUUCUACCUUUUUUUUUUUUUUCUUGCAAAUUAAAUAAUGAGUGGGAACUCUACUGUAGAGGAGAAUAAUGAUGAUUGUCGGUCAAUAUGGAGCAGAGCUCGUCGAUCUCAUAUUGGAAUUGCUGGUGUGGUAGCGCUUACUUUAUUUACGGAUAUGUUGGUAUAUGGUGUAGUUAUUCCUUGCCUCCCCAAAUUAGUUAUUGACCGUUUAAAAGGAAAUUCGACUAUGGUUGGAUUCUUAUUUGGUUGUUAUGCUUUUGGCUUACUGGUUGCAACUCCUGUUUUUGCCAUUCUAUCUGAUCGUUAUGAAAAUAGAAGAUACCCUAUGAUGGGAGGCAUGCUAGGUUUAAGUAUUUCGACAUUAGCCUUUGCAAUGGCUGACACUUAUGCUUUAUUGGUUUUGGCUCGUGUAGCUCAAGGAGUUGCUGGUGGAGCAUCAUGGACUAUUGGGCUUGGAUUGCUUGCAGAUGUUUUCCCAACCAAUAAACUGGGCACAGUUAUGGGUACAGUCUUAACUGCACAUACUGUUGGAUUUGCUCUAGGUCCUGCUAUUGGUGGUAUUCUUUAUGAAUAUGGAGGAUUUUCAGCUCCGUUUUUAUUUUGUACCGGAUUUGCUGUUAUCAAUUUUUUAGGUAUUCUUUGGUUAGCAGAACCAACGAAAAUGAAGCAAAAGAAGAACAUAAUAGAUCAAGGAGUGGCAGAUGAAACAACUCCCUUAAUUGCAAAGAAAGAUUGUGAAAAACCGUUAACAAUGAUCGAUUUGUUAAAGAAUUGGCGUAUUUUAUCUUGUGUUUUAUGCACAAUUGUUUCUGCUUCUGUAUUUUCGGGUAUUGAGCCCUCUUUACCUAUUCAUUUACAGAUGGUGUUUAAUGCGUCUGCAUCAACUAUUGGAUUUAUUUUUGUCACUAUGGUUGUUCCUGCUUUCCUUGCCCCUUUAAUCGGACAUCUUUCGGAUAAGAUAGGUAGACAAGUUAUUUCAGCGACAGGUAUGAUCAUGAUGGCCAUUUCAGCACCUUUUAUUGCUAUUAAUUACUCAACCAUUUAUUGGAUUAUUCCUUCUCUAAUGAUCUUUGGUCUUUCAAGUCCUGUUAUCAUGACACCUAUUUUACCAGAAAUGGGUGAGACUGUAAACGAUAUGGGUGGUGCUGCAUACGCUCAAGUCUAUGCAUUGUAUAAUAUGGCCUACUCGAUUGGUAUGUUUAUUGGGCCUGUUAUAGCUGGAUUCAUCAUGUCUGCUGCUGGAUUCAAGACCUUAAUGUUUAUCUUUAGUCUAGCACUUUUUAUUUGUAGUCCAAUUAUGGUAAAUUGGACGGCUAUAUUUAGAAAGAUAAAAACUACACUAUAUCAUUAAACAGUAAAUUAUUUUAAAUG